AUGGAAGCGUCAUUCUCUCCUCUUUCUGGUAUGUAUAAGCCUCAUGACUUGAAAGGCCUAUAUUAUGGGCCAGACGUGGUAAAGAAUUGCCUCCGUUCUGUUUUGGCAACGAAAAGCUCGAAGGCCUUCAUCGUCACGGGGAACUCACUUGCAACAAAGACACCUCUAAUAAAGGAUCUUGAGGCUGUCCUCGGACCAGAAAACUUUGCCGCCACCUUCAGUAAUAUCAAAGAGCACGCGACAGUUGCAGAACUGGACAAGGCGACAGAGCAAGUUCGCCAAGAUGACAGCAUCGAUACAAUAAUUUCAGUCGGUGGAGGAUCCCCGAUUGACAGCGCUAAGGCAAUAAUAUUUCGCAUACACGAGAAAUCUCAGAGAUGGUUGACCCAUAUUACCAUCCCCACGACACUUUCCGCUGCAGAAUGCACGAUAAUAGCGGGCUAUACAAAAUCUGAUGGUGUAAAGACGAGUGUUAGCCACCCAAAGCUGUACCCAACAUGUAUAUUUUACGAUCCUAUGUUUGGGCUGUACACACCGCAACAUCUCUUCUUAUCUACUGGCAUUCGUGCCCUUGAUCACGCAGUUGAGGUUCAGUAUCAACCAUAUACAAGGUGGAUGCCUACACGAUUAUUAUCACUGACCUCUAUUACGGAAUUGUUCCGGCUACUCCCACUAUAUAAAGCAAAUCCUAAGAACGAGGAUGUAGUCACCGGGCUAUUUCUAGCGGCUUACGCAAGCCUAGGCUUCGUCGGCGAGAAUGUGGCAUCAACAAUCAUGCUAUCGCAUUCAAUUGGGUAUGCAUUAGGCUCACCAUAUGGCAUCCCCCAUGGUAUCACCUCGUGCUUGACGUUGGGACGGACAACCAAAUUGGUCGCGAGGCAGACGAAAGAAAACGCGCAAAACAUCGCGGCCAUAUUGCCAUAUAUUGGUGAGAAGCGGUCAGGUGACGAUGUAGCAGAUUGUGACAAGGUUGGAAAUCGAGUCUUGGAGCUGGUGUCCAAUUUAGACCUCCAGACUACGUUAACGAAAUAUAAAGUCGGAAUGGAUCAAUUAGAUACCAUUGCUGAACGAGCUCUGAGACUGAAUCUUGGCAAAAGGAUGAACCCGAAAGAUGAAAAACUAUUUGAGAGUGUGAGGGAGCUGGUUAAAAGUCUGUGGUAA